UGGGUUUCUGCAUCUAGAGCUCUCGAAUUCCGCGAGGCCUGCCAGACCUUCUGUAUGUGAAAUCUUUGUUGACCCCAAAUCGCCAGAUUUUUGUUUUAAAUUUUGAUCCUUUUCGCUGGUUUUCACACGUUUGGGGAAGAGGAAAUUUACGUGAUUCAAUAGUUGGAGCAGAAGCAUGCGGUGGCUUAGCCUUUCCGUGGAUGUCUACCGAAAAGUGGUUUCCUUGAACUUAUAUUGCAGGGUUAUUCUGUAACUUGGGUUCCUACUUGGCUUUAUUCUGCUUACAUCUCCCGUUUCCUUUUCACACUGGAAUUCAUGGGGGCUCGGAUUCUUUCCAGCAAAACCACCUGAAACAUCUUGGGCAGCUUCUUGAUUUUCUGGGGAAUUCAUCCUUUUUCCAAAUCCUUCUUUUCGGCUUUCACUUCAGAUCUUUUCCAUUUCCUAUCGCAGUUUCUUAUUCAUCUUGCGAUUCUUCUUCCUCUGCUUCUGUGGUGGGCAGCUCAGUUUGAAAGGAAAGCGAAGUAGUUAUGGUGUGCCAAGCAGCGACUCAGACGAGAUUUCGGGAAUUGAAAUACGAGUAUGGUAUUGCUGGCUGUGUUACCAUAAUAGUUAGAGUAAUCGCUUGUUUCCAACCGUUGCAAGAUUGUCAGGCUGAGUAUUUCCGCCACCUCUUGAAACCAGUCACGUAGAUUUGUUUCCUUCCACUGCUUGAUUAGAAUAAAGCUGGAAUUUUGAACUCGUUGAGAAAGAACCUUUGAUAGAUCUCUGUGUGCUUCCAUUGGUGCGGUUGUUUUCUUCAAUCCUAGUUAAAAAGCAACCACUUUUAUUGUGCUGCUAGAGAUUUUUGCAUCCGAGUGUUUGCGUUUCAAGAGAUUAGCUUGUUUUUACUGCACUAGAUGUGGGAAUUUAGUAACUUAAACGCGGGUGGUACUUUCUGCCCCCCUGAUGCUGCGCAACUACAGAACUCACUUGCCUAUCCAACCUCUGGUAAUUCUUAUAGCCCUUCAUUCUGUGGUGUCCCAUUUCCUGGUUUUAAAGAGCAGGGGAGCUUCCUUCGGUUUAAUUCUGCGAUUUUGCCACCACUGAACUCACUGGCUCUAAAUCCUGCAAUUAACUCUGAUGAACCAGAAGCAACUAAUGCGAAGAAGUUCCUUGUUUUCAAUCACUCUGGGGACCAAACAAGCUUGCUUUUUAGUUCGGUGGCAACCCCAUUAGAGGGUUUUAAUCCAGUUCUACCUGCGAGCAAUGCAACCCUUGCAUAUUCCUCCAAUAGCCCUAUCAGCAAGGAGGAUGAAAUGCAUGAAGAUACAGAGGAAAUUGAUGCCCUUCUUUACUCGGACUCUGAAUACUCAUAUGAUGAUGAGGAGAGUAGCACAGGCCAUUCUCCAUUGGACAUGGAGGAGGAAGAGAUUGCCAGCUCCUAUCUCCCAACCAAGCGCCGCAGAGUUGAAUCAACCGAGAUGAACACUUUGCUUAUGGACACUGCAAGCUCUGCAAUAUCUCCUUUGCCUCAUUACAUGCCUGAAGAUGACGAUGAUGAUAUAAGCUUUGCCGGUUGCAUCGGCAAAGGCGAAGACAAAAGUGGACGAGGAGGCAGAAGCAUGAGUAACAAGAGGGAGAGGAUCCGCGCCACAGUUAGCAUGCUGAGGAGAAUCAUUCCAGGAGGGAAGGGCAAGGACACAACCUCUCUGCUCGAUGAGGCAAUUCAAUAUCUGAAGUCACUGAAGCUACAAGCGACUGCUGCAGGUGCCAAUUCCUUCACCCUCUAAAUCUUAUGAUCAAAAUCUUCCCCUAUAUAGUACUACUAGUAUUUGCAGAUUGAGUACUAGUUUGGUAGUAGUUGCAGUAUAGUAUCCCCAGAUUACAUUACUGGUAGGCAGUUGAGCCAUCAAUCCAAUGGAGGCUUAGGCUUCAUUUGGGGCGGCUUUCUUACUGCUUCUUGAAGCAACUUUUUAGUACAAGAAAUAAAAAUUUUCUAAAAAAAGCUGCUUUAAGAAAUAGUAAGAAAGCCGUCCCAAAUGAAGCUUCAAUCAAUGAUUGAUUGUGCAAUAAAGCCUAAAGGUUCGAAGGGUAUUGACUUUGCAUCUUUUGACCCUUGACGUGCAACGGAAUCAGACUCUUAUGAUCUUCUGGUUGGGCUGGCGACCCUUUUGCUUUAUUAGCGUGUUUAGGGAGAAGUCUUUCUCUUAUCUUUAGGCUAUGGCUGUCGCUAUUGCUAGUGGUAGAGGACGUGUUAUUGCUUUCAUGAUGAUUGUUGCAAGCUUUAUGAGAAUGUUUAAUGGUGAUUUGUGUGUGCUUAUGUAGGAGAGCUUGCUGCUUAGCUUUGUUGUGUGUGGUGCUUUAGUGCAAGCGAUUUGUGUGGUUACUUUUUAAUGAUGUCUUGUGUUGAUACCUCUUGUUAUGCUGGAAUUCCAUUUGUGAGCUUAGCAAUCUGUAAUGUCUUUCUGUUCUAUUUUUA